AAAACAGUUGAGAAGAGGCGACAGGAGGUUUUCCUUGCUGCGAUGUUAUUUAAAUAGUUGCCCGUCGACAGUUUUAUGAAGGAUGUAAUGUAACCGGACUGAUUGAAUAACAGAAAUCAUUCUGUCAGUCAUUUCCGCGUGUCGACGACAGCCAACAUUUAUGGAUAUUUUGAUAGCUGGCAACUAGCUAGCUAGUUAGCUUAACGGCUCGUCUCAGUUUGCUAACAAUUAAACGUUAAUUAGUGUCCAGCAGCAGAGAUGCCUCAAGAGGGAGAGGAGUCUUCCCCACUGGUCCGCUCCCUGAACACUCGGAUACCCGUUAAUCCUGUGUUUUGUAACCGCUGUACCCGUGUGGUGCGACCGCUGUGGAUAGACUUCCGCGGGGUUCCUCGGGCAUACCCCGAUUUACAGCCAGGAACCGGACGGAGAAUGAAUACCUACGUCGGUCACCCAUGGAUAUUCAGAGAUGCAGAGACUGAUGAGCCACUGAUGGUGAACUGCAAAGAGCUGUUUCUUCCCAAGCCAGCAGUGGGUGGAGAUACUACAUUUGUCAAUAUCACUUUACCAGUUUACAGCCUUAAGGAUCGUGCGCUUCAGGUUAUUCGGCGUCUGGUUCGACCAGAAGACUACAGGAGUUUGGAAAUAGCACGGUGUCUCAUUGAGGAGCUGGAAGAUCCACCCAGUGUGUUGAAAGAUCUCCACCGCAUGAAUCAGCGAGUAGAACAGCAUCUGCUAGAGAGGAUCCAAGGCCAGGAGGAAUGAGGAUAUUGAUCACUCUUGGACAGCAAUGCUGUAUUGCACAAGAUUAGAAAGAAAAUAAGUCAGACAUGUUUGAGGGUAAGUCUUGGAUGAGUCAGCAGCUGCUGUAAAAACUUUCUCACAGAACUUUAAUUUGCUGCAAAAGACACUCAGUUUGAUCUGCUGCCUGUUUGUCAUUUUCACCCACUGGCUUUGGCAAACAUCUUCCUUUUGCAGCUGAAAAAAACUGUAUGUAGCGUAAAUUAGAGUAUGUAGCAGUAAGAGGAAUUUUGAUAUAAUGUGACAAUGAUGUCUUAUAUAAAAUAGUAUUUUUUGUUUGUCCAUGAUUGUAAAAUGUUAUUUAAGGAUUACAAAGUAAACCUCUGAAAACAUUCUAUUUUGGACAUGACUUAAAAGAAUUUGUUCUAUUUUUUAUCAUAGAUACACUGUUAUAGCUUCAGUCAUAAAUAUCACAACUUAUUAAUUAAACUAAAGUACAUUCGAUAGGAGAUACUGUAUAUGCUGUUUAUAUUCUUUUUGGGAGGGCCCCAGGUAUUAUAUAACUAUCUCAGUUAUCUGCACAUGACCCUCUCAAAGCAUCUUAUUGUUAUACUUGCUUAUUAGUUCAACCAAGACUGAACUGUUUAGUAUCAUCUGCAAGCUGUAGCCAUGGCACCAACAAUCUGAGAAAAGAGUGAAUGAUUGUAGGUGCAUUUCUGGUAAAUGCAGACUACAUGUCAGAAUACAAUAUGCCACUACAAAUGGGUGAUGUCCUAUAGUGGCUAAAGUUUGUCUUACAGUUGAUUUUCAAUGGACUAUGAAACACGACUAUGACUCAGGAGCUCAUGCUGAUACAGUUGGUGUCGUUUUACACAACAUUUGUUUUUGCCUAAUUUUUUUUUCUCUUCUCCUCUUUGAUUCUUUUGUCACCUUGUUUAAAAUUCAUACUUUGCUACUGUGUCUCAAAGACGUUCAUUGUUUAUUUGUGUACUAAAUAAAUGAAAGAUAUAUUUCUUAUUGGUUGAAA